UUGGCCGCGUCAGCCCCACUUCCCCCCACACGUAGAUAUUUUCCCUCGCCCCCUCUCUCCCUCGUCACACUCCCUCGUGCCCAGAUCCGCCAUCGACGAACGCCGUCGGCGCCGCCAUCCGUCUCCACCAGGACGACCGGCAACCACCGUGCCCGUUCGUCGAGUCCGCGUGCUCCUCCACCAUCCCCUACGCCGCCUGAGACCACCCUUUGGAGCUCAACGCCUCUGCAACGGGCUCCUCGUCGUUGUCCCGUCCCCGACCGCCUCCACGAUGACGCGCGCGAAGACGCUCCGACCACUUCGUCCUCGCCUCCCUGGCCCCGACCUCGACCACCACGACCACCGCCGCUGCUUCACCGCGCCACAGCACCGCAUCGACCGUCCCGUCUUCAACCCCGAGGUCCGGCGCCGUUCGCCGUCGUUUCCGUCGCGCCUGCUGCUCCUAACCUCUCGACGGGCCUCCUUGUGCCUCCUCGACCCCGAGACCGCUGCUGAUGCCGCUGUGAUCAACUAUGUCGACGACGACCCCUUCUUCUUGUCUGAGCAACCAGUUGAUGCAACCAGAUGGUGGAUCCAUGGAGCCAGAUGCCACCCCCGCCGACUACUACUACUACCCAAAGGGUGCCUUCUACUACGUGGAGCCGGUUCAUGGAACGACGACUAGGAGUAGUUAGGAGGUCCCAGGCAGGAGGCCUUGCCUCUUCGAUUGUUGAUGUUUGUGCUAGCCUUCUUAAGGCAUCCUUGAUUAACUUAUGUUUGUACUCAGAUAUUGUUGCUUCCGCUGACUCUUGCGUAUCGAGCUUGUAUUCGAGCCCUCGAGGCCCUUGGCUUGUAAUAUAAAGCUUGUAUUAUUUUA